UGUUUUUUCUUCAUCUUUAACCGCAGCCAUGGAAGAAGAGAAAUGCUCUCUUCUCUUCGCUUCUCCUCCUAUAGCAUCCUCUCCUCUCAAACCUUAACCCUAGGAGAGAGAAGAUCAGCAUUCUCUUCAAUCAUGGCUAUCCAUCUGCAGGCCCACGCCUUCGCAGGCAAUCCACUCAGAACCAAAAACCCAAAACCAGUCCACCCAAUUUCCCUCACUUCCGCCCUCGAAACCCUUAAAAAUCUCCUCUUGGGAAACACCGUCGAGCCGUUCUCGCCGGAUUUCAGGAUCUUGCCCUUCCGGAAAGGCAAGCCUCUGGCCACUUCGUCAGCCUCCGUCGCUAAUUCCACUCCUGUUUGGCGUUUAGGUUGGAUCGGUUUUUCUAGUUGCAAGGAGAUUUUGGGUAAAUUUGGAAUUGGGUUGGCUGAGGGUUCUCUGGUUUAUCUUGGAUCGGAGUCGUCAGAGGAGGGGGGAGUUGUUUAUUGGGCUAUUGAUGUUUCCUCCGCUGUGGGCGAUUUGGGUCUUGAAUUGCGGGAUGGGGGGUUCUCAUUUGUUGAGCUGCGGACGCUGAUGGUUGCCACGGACUGGGCUGAUGACCGCAUGAUGGGAGAACUGGCGAUUGGUGGUCAUACACUGAGGAUCCUCAUAAUUCCAGAAUUACUCUGGGGAGAUCAGGCCAAGGCAUUGCUAGAAUGGCACAACACAUCACGUUUCUGCGGUCACUGUGGUGCAAGAACAAUACCUAUUGAUGCAGGGAGACGGAAGCAAUGCAUCGAUGAAGCAUGCAAGAAGAGAAUUUAUCCUCGUGUUGAUCCAGUUGUCAUUAUGUUGGUCAUUGAUAAAGCCAAUGAUCGUGCACUUUUAAGCCGCCAAUCAAGAUUUGUACCCCGGAUGUGGAGUUGCCUUGCUGGUUUUAUAGAGCCAGGAGAAAGCUUGGAAGAGGCGGUAAAGAGAGAAACAUGGGAAGAGACUGGUAUUGAAGUGGGCGAAGUUCUCUAUCAUAGUUCUCAACCAUGGCCUGUCGGUCCAAAUAGCAUGCCAUGCCAGUUGAUGGUGGGAUUCUUCGCGUAUGCCAAAUCAUUCAAAAUACGUGUCGACAAGGAGGAGCUAGAAGAUGCUCAAUGGCACAGUAGGGAAGACGUGAAGAAAGCAUUGACUUUUGCUGAGUAUGAGAAAGCUCAGAGGACAAAUGCAGUCAAAGUAGACCAAAUGUGCAAGGGUGUAGAGAAAGGGCAGAACUUAUCCUCCGAUUUCAAUGUGGAAAGCGGAGAGCUAGCACAGAUGUUCAUACCUGGACCCUUUGCUAUCGCCCACCACCUGAUCUCUUCGUGGGUCAAUCAGGUCACACCGGACAGCAUUGAAUCACCGUCGAAACAAUCCACUUCCACAUCCAGCUUGUAGCACUUGCCAUUCCUCAGCUCUCUUUUAACCCUUCUGUGUCCGUGAAUGAAAUUUUGUUGAUUCUCAGAGUAGGAUAAAUUAUAGUAGUCACAAGAAUCUCAUGUUAAUCUGAUAUGUUAUCUCUUAUUAGAGAUGAAAGAAGUUGAUUUCAUUUCAAGUUCCCGUAUAACAUAUUCCUAGUUGUAUCUUGUUGGUUUUAUUUGGAAGAUAUGAUCUGUGUUUUAGUA